AGAAGCACGCAUUUGCCAAGCAGAGUCGAAAAUACUGGCUUUGGUUACUGGCGAGAGCCCGAGCUGCUUCGCAACCUCAGGGCAUGCGACUCGCUCUGUGGAUUUUCCUUUUGGCCUCCUGCCCGUGUCUGCCUUGCACCAUGACCUUCAGUUACGCCUCUCCUGUGGACUUUGUUCUGUGUGUGUGCGGUGGGGGAAUUGUGCAGCAGGAGCCACAAGGGCCCAGGCCACCGAGCACUCCACCACCUGUGUGCAGCUUCCUGCAGGUCUGGGGUCUCCCUGGGUGCCCACCACACCCGAAUAGCAGGACCAUGAGCGCCAGCGAGACGGACUUUGAGAACGCCCAGAGUCGGGUGAAACACUUGAAGGAGGAUCCGGGAAAUGAAGUGAAGCUCAAACUCUACGCACUGCACAAGCAGGCUACUGAAGGACCCUGUAGUGUGCCCAAACCAGGUGUGUUUGACAUCAUCAACAGAGCCAAGUGGGAUGCGAGGGAUGCCCUGGGCAGCCUACCCAAGGAAACUGCCAGGCGGAGCGAUGUGCACUUGGUGGCCAGUCUGAGCGCCUCGUCAGACUCCUCACGUCUAGCGGGGCCAGGAGACACUAACAGAUCCGGAUAUCAAACCCUCGUGGUGACCUCCGAGGGUGGCAUCACGCAGAUCAUGUUUAACCGGCCGGCUAAAAAAAAUGCUAUGAACACACAGAUGUACAAUGAGAUUGUGCUGGCGCUUAACGCUGCAAGCAAGGACGACACAAUCCUAACUGUUUUAACAGGUAAUGGUGACUACUUCAGUAGCGGCAACGACCUGACUAAUGCCGCCGAAAUUCCCCCUGGUGGCCUUGAGGAGAAAGCCAACAACAGCAGCAACUUGCUGAGGAAAUUUGUGAGCUGCUUUAUAGACUUCCCUAAGCCUCUGGUUGCGCUGGUCAACGGCCCCGCCGUGGGAAUCGGUGUCACCAUCCUGGGGCUCUGCGAUGUCGUGUAUGCGUCGGACAAGGCCACGUUUCAUACUCCAUUUACCAGCCUCGGUCUGAGCCCGGAAGGAUGCUCCUCCUACACGUUCCCCAAGAUCAUGGGCCCGGCCAAGGCUGCCGAGGUGCUGGUCUUCGGAAAGAAGCUGACGGCCAGGGAGGCCUAUGCUGAUGGACUGGUUGCUGAGGUUUUCCCCGACAGCACUUUCCAGAAGGAAGUGUGGACCAGGCUACAAGCAUACGCAAAGCUCCCCAAAAAUGCCAUGAGAGCGUCAAAGCAGCUGCUCAGAAGCCUGGAGAAGGAGCAGCUGCAUGCUGUGAAUGCGGAGGAGUGCAAGUCCUUGAUCAGCAGGGUGCAGUCGGAUGAGUGCAAAAACGCAUUGGCCAGCUUUCUAUCCAGAAAGGCAAAACUGUGA